AUGAGCUCUUCUGAUCAAAAUCCCGCCCCUGACACCGGCGCCCAUUCGCAGGAAGAUCGCGAGGCAGCACGGGCACUCGUGCAGCUACACGACAGCCAGGAAAAUGUAGCUCAAGACGAUAAGGGCAAAGACGGGUUACAUCCGCAACUAAAGAAAGCUGUGCUCAAAUAUGUUGGCCACGCACAUUCCACCGUUGACCGCACUGCGCACGAAACUCCUGCCUCAAAGCAAUACCACAAUAUGCAAGCCAGCCUCGUGCAAUUCUUGGAGCAGAAUCUGACGACGAUCAUCGAACCACCGGCCUUGAACGACUUGAAACUCAGGUGUAAAUGCACCCCUGAUGAGGUGCGCCAGAUCAUUCGGUCGCGUAUAUUCUCCAUCGUGGGUAGUUGGACUGCCCUUCGCGAAGUGGUCCAAUGUUAUGAAGGCCACAUACGAAAACGCUGGUCAAAAAUGACCGUCGCCAAGCGCAAAAAGAUGCUGAGUGAGAAUCUUCCCAGCCUCCCAGAAAAACAUCGUCCGGUCAACGACAUUGCACUCGGGAUCUUGGCCCGUGAAGAAAUGACCACAAGGUGUUUUCGCAGCGUCUUCUGGCCCAUGUCGAACCUGGAGGACCUUUCAAGGCCCAAGAACUUACUUCUGCUCUUGAAUGCCCGCGCCCGGAACGAGCCUCAUGUCUUCGCUCAUGCAGACCUAAUCUCGGUUCGAUACCCGCCAGAGACGGUACUUAUGGGUCCAAGCUGGCUGGAAGAUGUCAAGGUCCUCCUUUCUGCCAAUGAAUUCCCUGCCAGAUACGGCAUUCUUUGCAUCGAAGAACUCAAGGACUUUCCGAGACCCCACGAAUGGGCCGAAUGCUACGACGGCGCGGAAGGACUCUUCAUCCUGGAGCUGCAGCAUCAGAUCGGUCAAGAUUUGUUGUGUCUCACAGAUGCACUUCUUCGCAAUUCGCCUCCAGAUUCAAGUUCGGAUACCCAGGCCUCUGCGUUGAACUCAGAGCUUGCACCUUUGCAGCCAGACGUCGAUCGCUUGACCAGUGCUUCGAUGCUCCAAGCGAAGGUUGCGGACCAGCCUUACAGAUGUCCAGAGGUUACCGACUUCGACCCUGGGUAUUUCGCAGCGCAGCUGCAGAGCCGUUUCGACCAUCGCGAAGAACAUGUCCAAGAUCGACAGGGACGCAAUUAUGAAGACAAGAAGGACAAGAUGCGACCAAUUGUCUGGGCUGCAGUUGUGGCCGAAAUGGUCGAGGGACCUAUCAAAGAACUCACGCAUUACGAUCACUUGCUCAACCUUAUCAACCAACUGCAGGACUUACAUCAGAAUGUUGACCCCCACGCGCCUCCGUCGACUGAAGCCAAUAGAACGUACAUCGAGACACUGAAACAUUUCGAGGACCGGCUGGUUGACCUGUAUACACACCUCGCGCCGCAUCUCGCGCACCUGUUCAUGGCAUCACCUCCUGGCAGAGGGCAGACCCUCAGGCAAGACAACGGCAAGUUAAUACCCAAAAUCAGCGGCGAUUUGCAAGGCUCGGUGAUUGAAGUCCGGAGCCUAAUAAGGGGAACGAUGCAAAUGGAGGACACAACCAUCGACACGAGAUCCAUGGACUGCUUGGACGACCUGGAGCGACUUUUGCAAAGCGAUCACUCUACCAAGGCUUUGUUAACGCCGCUGGUUGCUGAAGUUAUUGGGAAAGUCUGCGUCGUUCAAGAGGCUUUCCGACAGCUACAAGCCGACCUGCCGUGGUAUCGGGCCAUGGCAUAUGUGGAGACUGACCAACCUGCGCCCGUGAAAUUGUUCGGCGGAGAAGACUUUGAUUCGUACUCUUCGACGCUUGAAGUCAGUAUGAUGACGAUCGGCCUUUACAAAAUGGUGCUUCCGGACACCAGCAACUUCACCUAUCCGAUCGCGGAACGUUAUUCCGACGAGACGAUCGAAGCUUUGGAGACGGCUGAGAUCAACCUGGACAAGUUCUGGAGCGCAUUCGACCAGGUUUUCGAUGAGAUUGACUAUUCUCCUAAAUUCAACUUGGAGAGGAAUAGCUUCAGGACGCCGGCCUUUGACAGAGCCGUGCGGAUCAUGAAGCGUUGGAAUGGCCUGAUCCGCCACGAGGAUGAGAUGAUUUUCAAGAUUCGGCAGACUGAUGAUGAUGUUGUCGAAUGUGCGAUCAAAUCGCAGAGACCGCCCCCGAUCCACAAGUAUCUCGGACAGACUUUCGCCGUCGAUGCGAGAGCUCUUAAGGUCUUUCAUACCAUUUACUGGAUUCCUUCGGACAGCACAAGGCCUGGCGACAUCGAGUGGAAGGAGCUUGUACAUGCGUUCGAGAUGACUGGCAUUGAGUCGGAAAAACUGUACGGUGGACUGUGGCACUUCACGAUGACGUUGUCGGGGCAAUAUGAGGGAGAGAGUUUCUUCGAGACUGACCAGGAUGUUUGGCAUCGACAAACAUUCUGGCUCGCAGAACAUUCCAUCGGCCGGAUCCCCAGCUUCGUAGCAGAGCAAGACGGCGACACCUGGAGUGGCAACGGGUGGGCCAACGCCAUGACCUGGCAACUUUUACUCGAGAAAUCGCGAGUCGACAUCGUUAACGACAUAUCCCUGGGCUUCUCGAGAGACAAGCCACAGAAUGGGCAUGAGUGGAGGGAAGGGAUUAUGGCGAACAACCGAGAUACAUUCGUGUACUGCUGGCCUUGCAACAAGGGCAAACGAUUAGGAGAGCACCAGUGCGAAUUGGUGGGAAGUUGGGAAUUGCGUGGACGUGAGGAUUCGGCGUGUGCGUCUGUAUGGUUCGCGGAUUCGAUUUCGGAUUCUUCGUCGAAGCAUUCGCAAGAGUAG